GGAGAAGCCGGAAACAGCGGGCUGGGGCAGCCAGUGCUUACACUGAGGAGGAAAGACGGGAGAGGUUGUGUGUGUGUGUGUGUGUGUGUGUGUGUGUGUGUGUGUGUGUGUUGUUUCUGGUGGUGGUGGUGGUGGAGGGAGGGGGGCAGUGCCCGCAGGGCCAGGCCUGAACUCGCUGGAUAGAGCUACGGACUCAUGGGGCCUGGCAGUGCCCGCUGAGAGAGGGAGAAGACAGCGGAGGGGUUGCCAAGAAGGCACCCUCCAAACCCCAGAUCAUGUCUCUGUGGGGUCUGGUCUCCAAGAUGCCUCCGGAAAAACUGCAGCGGCUCUAUGUCGACUUUCCCCAACACCUGCGGCAUCUCCUGAGUGACUGGCUGGAGAACCAGCCCUGGGAGUUCCUGGUCGGCUCAGACACCUUCUGCUGCAACAUGGCUAGUGCCCUCCUUUCUGCCACUGUCCAGCGCCUUCAGACUUCCGCUGGAAAGCAGGGGGAGGGGAGUGCCAUCUUGCAACACAUCAGCACCCUGGAGAGCAUAUAUCAAAGGGACCCCCUGAAGCUGGUGGCCACUUUUAGACAAAUCCUUCAAGGGGAGAAAAAAGCUGUUAUGGAACAGUUUCGCCACCUGCCAAUGCCCUUCCACUGGAAGCAGGAGGAACUGAAGUUUACCACAGCCCUGCAAAGGCUGCAGCACCGGGUGGGGGAAGCUCGCCUUCUCCGAGAGGCCCUGCAGCCAGGGGCUGAGGCUGGCCAAGUGUCUCUGCACAACUUGUUAGAUGCUCCUGCCAACGGGAAGGGGCCAAGUGAGGCCCUGGCCACGUUGCUGCAGGAGACUGUUGGGGAGCUGGAAGCUGCCCAGGCCCUGGUGCUGAAGAGGAUCCAGAUUUGGAAACGGCAGCAGCAGCUGGCAGGGAACGGCGCACCCUUUGAAGAGAGCUUGGCACCAUUGCAGGAGAGGUGUGAGAGCCUGGUGGACAUUUAUUCCCAGCUGCAGCAGGAAGUGGGGGCAGCUGGCGGGGAGCUGGAGCCCAAGGCCCGGGCAGUGCUGAUCAGCCGGUUGGAUGAAGUCCUGCGAACCCUCGUCACUAGCUCCUUUCUGGUGGAGAAGCAGCCCCCCCAGGUUCUGAAGACUCAGACCAAGUUCCAGGCUGGGGUUCGAUUCUUACUGGGCCUACGGUUCCUGGGGGCCCCAGCCAAGCCUCCGCUGGUCAGGGCUGACAUGGUGACUGAGAAGCAAGCCAGGGAGCUGAGCAUGCCCCAGGGGCCUGGGGCUGGAGCUCAGUGUCCGACCUCCCCUGGCAGAGAAAGCACUGGGGAAAUCAUCAACAACACCGUGGCCCUGGAGAACAGCAUUCCUGGCAACUGCUGUUCUGCCCUGUUCAAGAACCUGCUUCUGAAGAAAAUCAAGCGCUGUGAGCGGAAGGGCACUGAGUCCGUCACCGAGGAGAAGUGUGCGGUGCUCUUCUCCACCAGCUUCACAUUUGGCCCCAACAAACUCCCCAUCCAGCUCCAGGCUCUGUCUCUGCCGCUAGUGGUCAUUGUCCACGGCAACCAGGACAACAAUGCCAAAGCCACCAUCUUGUGGGACAAUGCCUUCUCUGAGAUGGACCGUGUCCCCUUCGUGGUGGCUGAGCGCGUGCCGUGGGAGAAGAUGUGUGAAACUCUCAACCUCAAGUUCAUGGCUGAAGUGGGGACCAAUCGGGGGCUACUCCCAGAGCACUUCCUCUUCCUAGCCCAGAAGAUCUUCAAUGAUAACAGCCUCAGCAUGGAGGCCUUCCAGCACCGUUCCGUGUCCUGGUCACAGUUCAACAAGGAGAUCCUGCUGGGUCGUGGCUUCACCUUUUGGCAGUGGUUCGACGGUGUCCUGGACCUCACCAAGCGCUGUCUCCGGAGCUACUGGUCAGAUCGGCUGAUCAUUGGCUUCAUCAGCAAACAGUACGUCACUAGCCUUCUUCUCAACGAGCCUGAUGGAACAUUCCUCCUUCGCUUCAGCGACUCAGAGAUUGGAGGCAUCACCAUUGCCCAUGUCAUCCGGGGCCAGGAUGGCUCCCCACAGAUAGAGAACAUCCAGCCAUUCUCUGCCAAAGACCUAUCUAUUCGUUCACUGGGAGAUCGAAUCCGGGACCUUGCUCAGCUCAAAAACCUCUACCCCAAGAAACCCAAGGAUGAAGCUUUCCGGAGCCACUACAAGCCUGAACAAAUGGGUAAGGACGGCAGGGGUUAUGUCCCAGCUACCAUCAAGAUGACUGUGGAAAGGGACCAGCCACUUCCUACCUUGGAGCCCCAAAUGCCUACCAUGGUGCCAGCUUACGAUCUUGGAAUGGCCGCUGAUUCCCCCAUGAAUAUGCAGCUCAGCCCAGACAUGGUGUCCCAAGUGUACCCACCGCACUCUCACUCCAUCCCCUCGUACCAAGCCCUCUCCCGGGAAGACACGUUGACAACCUUCCCAGAAUCUCACCUGCAGAUGCCCCCCAACCUGAACCCGAUGAACCUGUCCUUUGACCAAACUCACCCUCAGGGCCUGCUCCCAUGCCCAUCUCAGGAGCAUGCCGUGUCCACUCCUGAGCCCCUGCUCUGCUCAGAUGUGACCAUGGCUGAAGACAGCUGCAUGAGCCAGUCGGUGGGAGGGUUCCCUCAGGGAACCUGGGUUGGUGAAGACAUGUUCCCACCCUUGCUGCCUCCUACUGAACAGGACCUCACCAAGCUUCUCCUGGAGGGGCAAGGGGAAUCGGGGGGAGGAGCCUUGGGCACUCAGCCCCUCUUGCAGCCCUCUCAUUAUGGGCAGUCUGGGAUCUCAAUGUCCCACCUGGACCUAAGGGCCAACCCUAGUUGGUGAUCCCAGCUGGAAUGGAAGCCCUGAGAAAGACCGCUCUUCUAUCCCCCCAGACCUGCUCUGGACACUUGCCCACGCUCCUGCCAAGCGGCAGAUGGGGAGAGUGUCCUCCUAUCCCCAUCUACUCCCUGGUCAGGAGGAAAAGACUGCCAGGAAAAUGCACGGUGGGUGGAGCCUAUCCACUCCUUCCUCCUACCACACACCCCUGUCCUCCCCCUUCCAACGCUGGAAGGGAAAUUCAGGUUCCAAAGUAAGACACGGCCCAACACGCCUGCACACACAGAAAACACACACACACACACCUCUCCCUGGAAGAUGGGGCUGAGUUGGAAGGAGGCUGGGCAACAGCACAGGUUAGGGCAUAGAGGUCUUCUCUGCCCAUCUUGAGCCCGAGCCCAGGACACACACGUAGAAACAUGCAGACAUGUGCACACAUUUGUACGAGGGGCUGGGACCUGAGGGAUAGGCUUGGGUCCCAGCCCUGGGGUAGAUGGAGAAGCAGUUCAGGAGACCCUGGGUGGGAGAAUCUGUACAGUUGGGUUACUGAGGUGGGUUAUGCCCAGAUUAAAAAACAAAUUUCCAACAGCCCCACAUUCCUGUCAGUCAGAUGGAGAUUUUUGGUUAUGUGUAGGAGACUGUGCAGGUCAAGGGUUGCGUUUUACGGGCAGCCGUGUGAAAGUGUGCAUCCCUGAGACGUGUGAAUAUACAGAUGUCACACACAUUCACUGUUAUGGCCACAGAAAUACGUGUAUCUUUCUGAUCUUGCCUGUGUGACAAGUUCAGAAGUGUGAAACACUGCACAAAAAACACCAGCGAAUGCGCUAGCUUCUCUGAUGCACGCUAAUCCAGAUGUACUCAGCUUUCGUAGGACCGUGGCCCCCGUGGGUCUGUGUGGCUGUGACAUCUGUAUGUGGCUCUAGCUUUGGUGGCUCAACCCUGCCAAUCUUGCCCAAAGGCCAGGGGUGAGUCUGGGACCCAGGCCCGGGCAUGAGGUCCUCUGAGUGAAUUAGGGGGCCUUCCCUGCUGCUGCUUUUCUCUUUGCCCAUUCACUGCCAGCUUCCCUCCACUGCCCCAUUCCCGUGCCACCCUUUCUCCCUCUUGGGGUGGGGGUCAUCGAUCCUAAGCCAUAAAAUAAAUUUUAUUCCAAAAUAACAAAAUAAAUAAUCUACUGUACACGAUCUGAAAAGAAA